AUGGGUAGAUCCCCUUGCUGUGAUAAAAUGGAGAUGAAAAAGGGCCCCUGGACACCCGACGAGGAUAAGAUUCUUGCUAAGUAUAUUCAGAAAAAUGGCCAUGAAAGCUGGCGAGCUCUUCCCAGAAAGGCUGGGCUACUUCGAUGUGGGAAGAGUUGCCGCCUACGUUGGACUAAUUAUCUGAGACCCGAUAUUAAGCGAGGCCGAUUUCAACCAGAAGAAGAAAGAACUAUUCUCCAGUUGCAUGCAAUUCUAGGCAACAGGUGGUCCACGAUUGCUUCCCAACUGCCAGGGAGAACUGAUAAUGAGAUUUCAAGGCACCUACUGAUAUUUUCUUGAAGCUCU